CAGGGCUACACAGAAAAACCCUGUCUCGAAAAACAAACAAACAAGCAAACAAACAAACAAAAAAUUCUAAAUGGGACAUCAUUCUCUUUGAGAUAUUGAAGACAUUGCUUGUGUGUCUCACUUGAAUAUUUUAAAUUAUUAAUUCAUCCAUUUGACAUGCAAUCCAGUGUAAUUUGCUGCUGUGAAUUGUAUACAAAAGGACUUUUUGAUAUAAAGACUGACAUGUGACAUGGCUUUUGUGCCUCUUUGAGCCUAUAUUUGUGCAUCUUAGGUUCACUGUCAAAUUUGUGUUGCAGUUGUAUUCCCAUCCUUGUUUAUGGUCAUUAAAAACAAAAACAACUUCUUUCCUCUGAUGUUCCUUGAACUUUAAGAGAGAACUCAUUAUUCUAAUGUUUUUACCCGGAACCUUUGUAGACUUUACACAAUAAUCUUAUAAUAUAGAUGCUACUCUUAGUAUUUUAUAGAUAAGGAAAUGGAGACCCUAUUAAAUUUAAACCCUACUUAACUGUAAGAGGAUAAUGCCUUUUGUGAUACCUUCUUUAUUCCUUUAAAGGCAAGCACUAACUGUAUGAAUUAAUUAUAAUUUUCUGAUUGUCUAUGAUUAUUAAUUUCCACUUUAUGGUAUGUAGAAGAAUGAAACAAGGCAAAAACAGAGGCCCUCGGAUGACAACACCACAGCUCCAUAAACUUAGCAAUGAUUUUUGAAAUGCCUUUGCCCACAGCGGGCAGGAAUAGCAUUGUAUAGGAAGCUUGAUUGUUUUAUCUGCAGCCCUGGGACGCACUAUGUAGACCCCCUGCUUUUGCCCCUUGAGUGCUGGGGUUAAAGGCAUGUACCACCCACACUAUUGGAAACUGAGUUUUUAAAUGCUUUUUUUUUUUUUUCCUUAAGAAGAAAUACUCUUAAGGUUAUAUGGAAUGAUAUUUUAUAUGAACCAAACUCAGAUUUAAAGUGUGUGCAUGGUAAGAAAGAAACUGAAUCUUAGGGCAAAGUUCUUGUAAGAAUAAACCACCAAGUUUAGCUUGAAUGGAGUAAGAUAGGGUAAGGCAAAAGUAAUUUAAUAAAAUGAGAAGAGUUCUUGGGAAUUUUAAAAGUUAGGCAUAAAGAGAUGGUAUAGGUUAUUACUUUUGAAAUAGCAAAUUAUUUGGUUUUAUAUGGACAGAAGUCAUUGGUAGAUUAUGUAUUUUAAACACAGGGGAGAGGAACUGAAGCAGCUAAUGCUUCAAGGGCAUUAAGAAUGCUUCAAGAGUGUGCGGCAUCUUUAUGGUGUCGUUUAAUCUUCUGUGUUGAUUGGCUCACAUUCACGGUGCCUUAAGACUCCUGUAUUCCUCUUAGAAGUAAAACUUACACGUUAAUUCUCUGCUGUAGCAGUGUGAUCCACCAAAAUUGUACUUGAAAAAAUAUCUUUCCUUGUGAAGUUUUAAUCAUGGCCAAGACAAGCAGCAGAUUAGAUAUAAAUCCAGAAGCCUCAGUAAAGAUAAACAGUAUAAUGUUGGGAUCUGUUUUUGAAGUAACCAAAAGCUGGAAAGAGAAGAGUCGGGAGAAGAGGGAGAUGUGGCCAGAUACUACAGAAAUGUAAUAGAUGUAAUGACAGGCUUGUCGUCUUGAGAGAAGAAAGAACCCUAUUCAUCGAGAAUGUCUAAGUAUUGAUCUUGCUUUGUUUUUCUAGAGCACUGAGCGGCUCAGUGCAGGGCAUCGUUUCUUUGAUACAAUCGUAAAGCAUUAGUGGAAUAGCCCUUUAAUCAACUUGUUUUUUAAAGAAGAACCAGUUGUCUGGCUCAGUGCCUUUGCCGUCAGUCUCUCUAUCUGUUUAUUGCUGAUUUGACAGUCUCUGGUCCUCCUUUGCUGUUAAGUGUGUGUGUCCUUUGUUUGUGCUGGUUUGCUACAUUUGGAUGUGAGAGAAAAGCCUGUCUUUGCCAUAUUGGGCUAAUUAGCCUUCUGGGUGAGCAUAUAUAUUAAAUAGACCUUCUGAACCAUGAAAGAAGAGAGUUCACAGCAUCGUAGAUUUUCUUCAUGUACUGGGGUUUCGUCUGUUUUAUUCCCUCCACGAAUUGAUGGCCGAAAGCUUGUCCGGAAUGCUUCGUUUGGAGGAUACAAUGAACUUUCUCCUUCCUUACAAGGUUUUGAAAGAGGAAAAGAAGACAUUUCUCAAAAUAAAGAUGACUCUUCACUUUCAAUGUCAAAGAGCAAGUCUGAAUCUAAACUAUAUAAUGGCUCAGAAAAGGACAGUUCAACUUCAAGUAAGCUCACGAAGAAAGAGUCUCUCAAGGUACAAAAGAAAAACUACCGUGAAGAGAAGAAGAGAGCCACAAAGGAGUUACUCAGCACCAUCACAGACCCCUCGGUCAUUGUCAUGGCCGACUGGCUGAAGAUCCGUGGUACCCUGAAGAGCUGGACCAAGCUGUGGUGUGUGUUGAAACCUGGGGUGCUUCUGAUCUAUAAAACACAAAAAAACGGUCAGUGGGUUGGAACAGUCCUUCUGAAUGCUUGUGAGAUCAUUGAACGUCCAUCAAAAAAGGAUGGCUUUUGUUUCAAGCUUUUCCAUCCUUUGGAGCAGUCUAUUUGGGCAGUGAAGGGUCCUAAAGGUGAAGCCGUAGGCUCCAUAACUCAGCCUCUACCUAGCAGCCACUUGAUUAUCAGAGCUACUUCAGAGUCAGAUGGAAGGUGCUGGAUGGAUGCUUUGGAGCUGGCUUUGAAGUGUUCCAGUCUCCUUAAGCGGACCAUGAUGAGGGAGGGGAAGGAGCAUGACCUGAGCAUCUCCUCGGACAGCACACACGUGACACUGUAUGGCUUACUGCGCGCUAACAAUCUCCACAGUGGUGACAACUUCCAGUUGAAUGACAGUGAGAUCGAAAGACAGCACUUUAAGGACCAAGACUUGUACUCUGAUAAAUCUGACAAGGAGAAUGACCCGGAGCAUGAUGAGUCUGACAACGAGGUGCUGGGGAAGAGCGAAGAGAGCGACACAGAUACGUCGGAAAGGCAAGACGACUCGUACAUCGACCCUGAGCCUGUGGAGCCCUUAAAGGAGACCACCUACAUGGAGCAGAGCCACGAAGAACUGGGAGAGGCAGGUGAGGCUUCUCAAACGGAAACUGUGUCUGAAGAAAACAAAAGUCUUAUCUGGACGCUGCUCAAGCAAGUCCGUCCCGGCAUGGAUCUAUCCAGGGUGGUUCUUCCUACGUUUAUUUUGGAGCCCCGUUCUUUCCUGGAUAAGCUUUCAGAUUACUACUACCAUGCAGAUUUCCUGUCUGAAGCUGCUCUGGAAGAAAAUCCGUAUUUCCGUUUGAAGAAAGUCGUGAAAUGGUAUUUGUCAGGAUUUUAUAAGAAGCCAAAGGGACUAAAGAAACCAUAUAAUCCUAUACUUGGUGAGACUUUCCGAUGUUUAUGGAUUCAUCCCAGAACAAACAGCAAAACUUUCUAUAUUGCUGAACAGGUGUCCCAUCACCCACCAAUAUCUGCCUUUUAUGUCAGUAACCGAAAAGAUGGGUUUUGCCUUAGUGGUAGCAUCCUGGCUAAAUCCAAGUUUUAUGGAAACUCGUUGUCUGCCAUAUUGGAGGGAGAAGCCCGGUUAACUUUCUUGAACAGAGGCGAAGAUUACGUCAUGACAAUGCCAUAUGCUCACUGUAAAGGAAUUCUUUAUGGCACAAUGACCCUGGAGCUUGGUGGGACUGUCAAUAUUACCUGUCAGAAGACUGGAUACAGUGCGAUACUUGAAUUUAAACUAAAGCCAUUUCUAGGGAGUAGUGACUAUGUUAAUCAAAUAUCAGGGAAACUUAAAUUGGGAAAAGAAGUCCUAGCUACUUUGGAAGGCCAUUGGGAUAGUGAAGUUUUUAUUAAUGACAAAAAGACUGAUAACUCAGAGAUUUUCUGGAAUCCGACUCCUGACAUUAAACAGUGGAGAUUAAUAAGGCACACUGUAAAGUUUGAAGAACAGGAUGAUUUCGAAUCAGAGAAACUCUGGCAACGAGUGACAAAAGCUAUAAAUGCCAAAGACCAAACAGAAGCUACUCAAGAAAAGUAUGUUUUGGAAGAAGCUCAAAGACAAGCUGCCAGAGAUCGAAAAACAAAAAGUGAAGAAUGGGUUUGUAAGUUAUUUGAACUUGACCCGCUCACUGGAGAAUGGCACUAUAAGUUUUCAGAUACUCGACCAUGGGACCCACUUAAUGAUAUGAUACAAUUCGAAAAAGAUGGAGUUAUCCAGACCAAAGUGAAACAUCGCACUCCGAUGGUUAGUGUUCCAAAAAUGAAACAUAAACCAACAAGGCAACAGAAGAAAGUGGUAAAAGGCUAUUCUUCCCCAGAACCUGACAUCCAGGAUUCAUCUGGAAGUGAAGCUCAAUCUGUAAAACCAAGUACACGAAGGAAGAAGGGGAUAGACCUGGGAGACAUUCAGAGUUCCAUUGAGUCUAUAAAGCAAACACAGGAAGAGAUUAAAAGAAAUAUUAUGGCUCUUCGAAAUCAUUUACUUUCUAGUACACCUGCUACGGAUUAUUUUCUGCAACAGAAAGACUACUUCGUCAUUUUCCUUCUGAUUUUGCUUCAAGUCGUAAUAAACUUUAUAUUUAAGUAGAAGUUCUCAACAUUGAAUCCAUGAACUAGAAAGAUUAGAUGUGAUCUGGGACCAUUGUUCAAAUUGGCUUGCUCUUUAUUAAAGCAUCACAACAAACAAAAUUAGGAGAUAAACGUAGAAAUGUCUACCUACUUUUCACAUCUUUUAUCCUUAACCCAAAACAAGAGCUACUGUGUUUGGUUACUACAAUUCGGCUGUGUGUUAAGUGCCAGAACACUUGUAUGAGACUGUGCCUACACGUGAGUAUAGUGGACCCACGUGUGUAUAAAGAGCUCUUCCCUGACAGCAGUUCCUGUGUUCUACAGUGUGCUGUGAAGAAUUCUGAUACCAGUGUUCAUAACAAAGAUGCCGUCACUCCUAUAAAUACAUCUAGGGUCAACUAUUGUCUUCAGAAGACCGGCAUAUAAGUUUCAUUAGGGAAUUACAGUGGGAAAAUGAUAGAUAAUAGACAUAUUAUGAGUAAUUCAAUACAUUAUACUGUUAAAACCAUCUCCAAGUUACCUAGUUCAGUUAGUCGUCUUAGAUACACCAAGAAAAAAUAUGUGGGUGAUCAGAAUUAAUAUAUUGUAAGGGACAAGUAGAAAUUUUUUAAGAGUUUACACAAGAUUUUCUAACCCCUAGCAUUUAAUGUUACAGAUAUAGGUGAAUACAUAGUUAUGUAUAUAUAUAUAUAUACAUAUAUAUCAUAUUAAAGACUGGUAAGCAGCUACAUGGAUCUAUAUGUUACAAUCCCAACUUAAGCACUUGCUGAAAAGGAACGGUCAGAGGUGUUUAAGUAGGUUAUGUGAAAUCCUGAUGAUUUGGUGUUUUCUUCAUGAAAAACUUUUUAGCUUUCAUUUAGACACAAGAGUGCUCAAGGAGUAAAUAGAAGAGAAAAUGUAAUAUCUUACUUCAAAAGUCAAAAAAGGUGGUAAGAACAGACUGCAGUGGCCUUUAAGACAUUAAAAUAAUUUUGCUUAAAUGUACAAUAAGUUGAGCAUUGGAGAAUAUCAAGUUACGAAGUUUAUCAUCUCCUUCCAUCGUCCUGUGGCAAGCCACAGUUCUGUACAAGUCUUUCUGUUCUGGCUCAGGCAAAUUUUGUUCCUAAGAGGUUUUGCCUAUUUAUUUAGUUUAAUAAUUGUGUUUUUACAUAAAUAUUUAUUAUUAUCAAAAACACUUCUUUAAAAGGUAGUUAAGUUUUGAAACAUCAUAAAAUGUAGAUUGUUCAAACUACAGGUUUUAGAAGGGUUUGUUGAGUGACAACUAAGAAAGAGCUGCUGUCUGGCUACAUCGGCCUUCAGCUGAGAAGGGAUUGAGAUACAAGAAAAGCUAACUCUGCUGUGAGAGGACAGCUACAGUGCUCACCCUGAAAGCCUCUUUCUGAUGAAUAUAGGUAUCCUUAUGUUCCUAUGAACAGCCUUUUACAAUGUGGUGUUAGCAAAACAAUGCUGUAUUUCAUAUGAAAAUAUUUUAAACUUUUAACAGCAUAAGCAAGAUGUACCUGUAUCCAGUAUUUCAUUAUGGAGUUUUGGGUUAUAUUUCAUAUUUGUCAAUAUAUUGUUUGUAUUCAUAUUCUACUACCAAUAUUAUGCUCAACUGCCUAUUCAUUGAUGUGAUAUUUUGUAAAUAUUGUACAAUUUGAUCUUUAUAUGAUUUUAAAUUACUAUUAAUUUAUAUUAUAUAUAACUUGAUUGGUUGAUCACGAAAAGUCUUUUCAUUGUUAAACCCUGAAAUGUAAAAUUGUUGGUGACAUGCCUUAGAGCUCUUUCUUAAUCCUUUGUGUUGUUUGUGACCUGAACAGUGCUUUAUUUGUGUUGAUAUCCACAACUGGAAAGGUAAUUGUUGGGUUUUUUUAAUUUCACUUUAGAGCUUGUGUUAAUGGAUCCUUACCCAAGGAGUCAGAAGCUAAUGAGCAGGGUGACUGUUUCUUAUACACUGAAAACUUAUGUUCAAUCAAGGAGUCAGAAGCUAAUGAGCAGGGUGACUGUUUCUUAUACACUGAAAGCUUAUGUUCAGUCAAACGCUUUUCUGAUGCUUUUAGUUGUAUGAGUUUCCUUCUGUGAACCGAACACAAAACUCAGGAAUUGGAGGAUUCAUAAUGUAAGUCCUUUAAACAACAUAUAAUUGAACUUGCGUUUAGCCAGUGUGUGACUGACCUCGAACAAUCUGAUCUAAGGGUUAACUUUCUUCAUAAAUGGAUUCAUAAUGUAUAUGUGACAAACUGUUCCAAACUUGGUGAAAACUCAUUGUGCUUUCUAGGGUUUCUGACUAUGACCAGUUUUUUUUCAUCUAUCCAAAACUUCAUUUUCUCACAUAAAAAUUUAGAUAACCUCAAUUAUUGACACAGUUGUUAAAUGUCUUUAGUUUUCUGCCAUUUAGUGAGAUAUUGCUGGCUAAGACAAGACGAUAACAGGCAUGUGUGAUGUUAGUGUGCUGCAGCAAUCGAUUUAACUUGUAAUUCCUACCACUUCUGUCUCUAGUAUGACUUGGAAAGCGGCAGUGGUCAUCUUUUUCACAGCUCAGUUGACAGCUGCAUUCCCUUAAAAAGUUGGCCUUGUGAAAUACAAUCCUCAUUUAAUAUUUCAUGCUUUUGUGCCUUUAAGGAAAUAUUUUUGUUAUUUUUUUGUUACAGAACCAUAAUGUGUUCAAAGUGUUUGUAGCUUAUUUGUCAUAAAAGGGUCAUUUGUCUGGGUCACUGUGUUUCCUUUUAUCUAGCUGAAGAAUAUGUAAACAGUAAUGCCGUACUUUUAUAAGGGUUUGUGUAGCUAUUUCAAAUAUAUUCAUACUCAGACAUCAAUGAAGUAAACUUGUCAGAUUGCUCUGAGUAUUGUAGACAGUGCCUUUUUGAUGGAAUUCACACUGUUUUCGGGUGUCAACUUGUGCCAUAUUCACAGAAUUUUGUGGAAGGCAGUUUUAACUUUUUGAAGAAUAUCAUCAUCAAAAUUUUAAAAAACAAAUGUAUAAAACUUCAUCUUUUUUCAGUGUUUAGCAUUUCUAGUCAGCAGUAAAUAGUCUGGUUUUGCUUUUGUUUUUGUCUUAUUUCAGGUAUGAUGGCAUACAUACGCGAUGAGCCCUACCCGAGACUGUAGCCUAUUACAUUAAAUAUAAAUAAAGAACAUGUUCAUGUUUA